AUGCUUUAUGCCAGAAGUGAGAAGCAUAUUCUUGCGCACAUUAUGAGAAGCGUCUACUCGCACUUCCGAGGACCGGCGUGCCUGAGAAUGGCAAAACGGCUUGAUGGAAUGGUCCGCUUGCUUUUGAGAAACAACUCAAAAGCUAGAGCGCUGGAGCCAAUACUAGUAUUUUCAUUACUUCAAGGAAAUGUGGCCUCCGCUGCCAAGUUCCGCGGUGAAGCGUCGAGCAGUUUGCCAGAAGAACCUCAUUCGGAUGGGCUACAGCAUGCUGACUCAUCUCAGAUGCUCACUGACGCCUCCCCAAGUGCUGGAAUUUAUGACCCGUUUCUUCUCAUCAACUACUUUGACCUUGCUAAAAGUGCCGAUACACCUCAAAUGAAGAAGCUAAACAGGCUACUGCAAAAACCAGCUGACGCAAGGAAAGUGGGCAACAAGCUUUUUGGCAAUUCGCUCGGGGACCCGGCCAUGCAUGAAAGGAUUGCUGGAAUUGCAGAAGCUGUUGGUGACAAUGCCGAUAUUUUGCGGAGGGUCGUCGAACAGAUCGGCCAGAUAUCCAUAAAUUCAGCGGAGGCUGUUUCCAUCCUCAUCCCCCAACUGCCGAACAUUGCUGACCUCGUGCGUGGUGCCUCCUUCUUCGCCUUUGAAAGUGUUUUCAAGCAACAUGGUGAGACAGCAGCUGUCCGCUGCCCUGCGCUGGCAGCGCAAGCCAUUAUACCUUGCUAA